CUCUACGAACGAACGUCAGAUGCGUCAUCUGAGGAGGGGGAGGGCCGGGGCAAAGGAGGGGCACCCUGACAUGGAGUCUGCCAGCUCCGUCAGCCCUGACUCGGCCCGGAGCUGAGCUCCCCACCUGCCGGUAGCCCAGGAGAUGGAGCAGCCCAGCCCACGUGCCCGGCCUUCCGCCCCUGACUUCAUUUGAUAACAAACCAGAAACUGAAACAGGGUCGGGAUGCCGGCUUGGAGUUAGAGAUGAGUCACUGCUGAGAGCAGCUGCAGUAGCUGAGCAGUGGCAGCAGAGAGGCAGACGUGAGCUGAGGGCGCAGAGGCAGGCAGCAUCUCUGAGGGUCCCCAAGGAACAUGGCUGGGAGCCGUGAGGUGGUGGCCAUGGACUGCGAGAUGGUGGGGAUGGGGCCCCACCGGGAGAGCGGCCUGGCUCGUUGCAGCCUCGUGAACGUCCAUGGUGCUGUGCUAUACGACAAGUUCAUCCGGCCUGAGGGAGAGAUCACCGAUUACAGAACACGGGUCAGCGGGGUCACCCCUCAGCACAUGGUGGGGGCCACUCCAUUUGCCGUGGCCAGGCUAGAGGCACUGAAAGAGGACAUGAGCCGCUACACAAUCUAUGACACGUCCACCGACAUGCUGCUGUGGCGUGAGGCCAAGCUGGACCACUGCAGACGUGUCUCCCUGCGGGUGCUGAGUGAGCGCCUCCUGCACAAGAGCAUCCAGAACAGCCUGCUUGGACACAGCUCGGUGGAAGAUGCGAGGGCAACGAUGGAGCUCUACCAAAUCUCCCAGAGAAUCCGAGCCCGCCGAGGGCUGCCCCGCCUGGCUGUGUCAGACUGAAGCCCCGUCCAGCCCAUUCCCCAGGGACUAGAGGCUUUCGGCUUUUUGGGACAGCAACUACCUUGCUUUUGGAAAAUACAUUUUUAAUAGUAAAGUGGCUCUAUAUUUUCUCUACACCAUCACUGGGUCCUCUUAUUCUCCUCUCCGAGCUGGGUUAACAGUAGACAGGAUCCAUUUCUGUGUGAUGUUAGGAGGGAAUGAAGUCUUAUGCUGGGGGAGGUGGGCAAAUGUCAAUUUCCUUAAUAUCUUGAAUCCUGUGGGUCCAAAAUGCAGCUUGGGAAUCUAAGCAGCAAGUGGCUUAAUUACGAAUCCCACCCUUUGCUGUUGCAUUCUAGCCCUAUUCCUGGUGCAUUUAUGCCCAGAAAGGUGGUGUUAUUUCCUGGGGUGGCAUUCAGCUCCUCUUGAUUUUGGUGCCACAGCAUUUGUGGACUUUGAAGUGAAGGUAUAGGAAAUGUCAAGGGUGCCACCCCGGCAACCUUGAGCAAGUCACCCCUCCUCUUAUUUGUAAAACGAGGAAGGAAAGGUAACGAACUGUGGAGUCAGAGAGAAGUAGGUUGGAAUCCUGUCUUUGUCAUUUAGUAGCUGUUUGACCUAAGGUGAGUCACUGAACUUCUCAGUUUCUCUAUCUGUGAAAUGAGAAUUCUAACAACUCGUAGGGUAUUUGUGAGACGUUGCAUGCAAAGCCCCCAGCACCAUGCCUGUCCUAGCUUAAGCAUCCACCAGGUGUCGAUAAGUAAUUGUUCUUCCCUGGACUGCCUACAGAUCUAGGGUACCCCAGGAAGAGUCACAGCACUCUGUUUCGGGGCUCGGCUCUCUGAGGGGAGGGCAUACUCUACGGGGAGGAGGGUCUGGACCAGAAAUCAACUGCAGAAUUCUUGUGAUUUUAAUAAUAAUUAGUAAUUUAGUGCUUACACUAAAUAAAAAUCACUGGAAUGGU